AUUGGAUCGUAAGCGAGCUGUGGGACGCAACCAAACAAGGUAUUCUUCGUUGCUUGGAACGUUUAGGAUGCUGCCUCUUAACGUCAUUUCCUUGAAGACCUAUGCAAUCUCAGAACACCCCUACUCGUAUUUUGGCAUUCCUCUCAAUUUUACUGCCAAAAAUCUGAGCAUAGUAUCCCAGUCAAUAUGAACGACUCAACUUCCGAUGAUACCCAAGUGACUCCCAUUCAGCAUAUGCGAAGCUGGCUCUCUGCUUGUGAUGAACAGCACACAUGCAAAGCUCUUACGCUAGACCGGCCUUCUUGGCUUGUAGAUACAGUGGAAUACUGUAUCGUGCCGGGAAAUAAUCCAGACAACUAUACCGCUCUCAGCUACACCUGGCAAGACAGUUCAUCAUCGGAAGACACGGAGCCCUUUCGAUUACUCGAAGAUAAUCUACAGAUCUUGACCCAGCAUGGUGCUUUACGCAACACUAGUGAACCACCAUUGCCAAAAGUUAUUCUCGACGCCAUGGAAUUGACAAGUCAUCUUGGCCAGGGAUAUCUUUGGGUAGAUCGACUCUGCAUCAUUCAGGAUCAAGAGGUGGCAACGAUAUCUGAAGUUAUGCGUAUGGAUCAGAUAUAUGCAGGGGCCUUCGUGACUAUAGUUGCCGCGGCGAAGUGUGGGCUUUUUGACACACUCAAAGCUACCCCGAGCGAUCCAAAAUUUAAAAAUCAAGGGAGAUUCACCGAACAGUCAUGGCAAAUUCGUGCUCAUUAUUCAUCAGUCGCCGAUUCAAAAUGGGCAGAGAGAGCUUGGACAUAUCAGGAAGCCAUUCUCAGCAAUCGUGUUAUCUUUUUCUGCAAUAAAACAGCUUUCUGGCAGUGCGAGUGUGCAACCUGGGAUAUGGAGUUUCUUUCCCCCGGGAAGGUUCUUGACGAGACUGUAUCAGCCAUGUCAGAAUUUUCACUCAUGAGAAAUUUCUCGGUGCCAUCAUAUCCUGAUCUUGGCCUCUACAUGGAUCUCAUUUGUCCGUAUAAUGGACGCAAGCUCACGGAUGACAAAGAUGGUCUCUCUGCAUGUCUGGGUAUCCUAAAUCGUCUAGCUCCAAGCUUUCCAGGUGGAUUUAUACAAGGUCUGCCGACCCUUUUCCUCGACUACGCGCUUCUAUGGCAGCCAUUGAAAGAAUGCUAUAGAAGAAUUAGUACGUCUGAAAACGCUCGACAUCUUCCAUCCUGGGCAUGGUGUGGAUGGGAGUGUUUUGUGGACCCUUGGAGUUUCCAAUCUAGCUUUUGUCUUGAUAAUAAUGAUAGUUUACGGAGAGAUAAAGCAGGUUCUUGGAAACUAAAAAAUCUUGUCACUUGGGAAGCCAGCUCCUCUGUACGCGGAUCUGAUUCACUCGAAGAGACUUCUGAUCAACUUUUAACGAAAAUUCCUCAACUAUCGACCCCGGACGUGCAGAGAAAAGAAACGGAUAUUACAAAUCCCUGCCAGAAACUUAACCCCCAUAGUAGUACGGACAACGAUAUAGAAUCAGUAUUCUUGUCUUGCUUGACAGAACGUGCAUUUUUUCUUCCCUCGGCAACUUUAAGAAUUGAGGACAAUCUGCCGCCUUUCAAACGCGGCAUCAUGCACAUGUUCGCAGAACCCAUUUUGAAUGAAAAGCCCCUAUCAAGUUUACCAAGCGUAGUCGUUUUGCAAAAUCAAAAAGGUGUGUUCUGUGGCUUACUACGCAUCACAGGAGAUGCAGAGUGUGAGCGAGGCAUGCCCAUGGAAUUGAUUACUAUCUCAGAGGGUAGCGCGAGUCUCAAAGACAUAGGGAUGUGCUUUGAGGAGAAAGUUUUUCAAAAUAGUCAAUACUGUCACCCUGGCCCAUUUAAAGCCGAAUAUGAUUCUGAGGGAUGGUGGACUGGUGUAUCGGAUGGCUCGUCUACCUCGCGUGAAGACACGUACGAAGUUUUUGCUGAAGGGGAGUUUGAAGAGGAUCUCAUCCUCCCUGAUAAGUGCAUAUGUAAGAAUUGUUUGUCCAAGGAGGAUCUAGAAAAUAACGCAAUUCGCGAGUUUUACAAUGUUCUCUGGGUGCAGAGAGAACACGGAAUUGCGCAUAGAGUAGGAUGUGGACGAAUUCUUAAAGACCGUUGGAGGCAAAACGAUCCGGAGAAGAUGAGAAUUACUCUCAAUUGAUUAUUGCGAGCUGCUGUCUGAUCUUCCGAUGCUGAGUACGUCGCAUUUUUACGCAAUUUAACGACAAGAAUGCUACUAGAUGAGCGAAGGUAGAGUUGAAUCUAGAUGGAUAAAAGAACAUGCGCCUUAUAUAGAAAAAAAAUACAACUACCGCUAUUGAGCUAAAGCGGAUGGCGCUUUGUUCCUUGAUAGUCGGUUUCCAUCUCUCUAAAACAAGAGAUAUAUAGAUUUACACUUCCCAUACACUUCCCAUACACCUCAAUCCCGGUUAUCUCUAUCAGAAAUCAAAGAAAAAAAAAUAACAGCAGUCUCUCAUUCCCGCCCAGAAUUCGCACAUGUGUUGCCACAUCCCCAAAUUCGCUUAAUUAUCAGAUUUCUAUCAUCGAGAUCAUCACUAAAAUCGUUACUAUCCCUGUCAUCAUUCCUAUUCCAAACACACCCAUCCCAUCCCAUGGCACCACGCACCUCCUAACUAUCCCAGAAUCGAAACCCCACCAGCCUCAACGCCCUCAACCACAUCUCCAACCCUCCUGAACCCGAAAAUGGCAUGCUCGUUAAAAUCCCAAAGAACAGCGCUGCGCA